AUAUUUACGAAGCCACGAAAUCGAUUCAAAGCCAGCGCUUGCGUCUUCACAACGUCUACACAACUCACACAAUGAAAACGUUUCAAAUAUUUUUAUUUUUGCUGUUUUGUACGUCUUUUACAAACGCCAGGGGCGUAAACGGCGGCAUGAGUUGUGCAGUUUGCACAGUCCUAACUGGGGUUACAAUGCAAAUUGCUGAACUGCACGAGGAAGACUUGUUCAAUGCCACGAAACGACUCUGCAAUGUUUUACCAAAUAAAAUACGAGACCCCUGUUUCCGAAUUGUGGACAAAGUGGAGCCUUAUUUAACAAAUUUGUCCGAGAAAAUUACUCCAGAUUUGUUCUGUCUGGUUUAUGGGACGUGUAGAGUGGACAAGGGGCAGCCGUUUUGCCACUUGUUUCCCCUAACUAUGGAACAGGAAGAAAUGGAAAACGUUUUAAUAAAAGAAAGGGAAAAAAUGCUUCCAAAAAUAGAUUUUUGCAAACUUCCAUACAUCAAAGACAUUUGCAACAUUUUAAACAACUCUUACACGUCCUUAGCCCCCGUUGAGGACUUUGAUAAUGACGGUUUCAGCGCGAUGGAGACUGGGAGAGGUUCGGACUGGAGAGGGAGGGAUUGCGUGGACAACGACCCACAAGUGUACCCAGGACGGCGGCCUUUAAAUUCGGAUUAUUUCUCCGACAGCAAUUGUAACGGCAUUUGGGGCACCAAAAACGACACCUUCCUGUCUUUGGAGCAGGAACUGUGCAAAAAAUCGCAACCUAGAGGCUUGAUCUUCAUCGGUGACUCCAUAGGAGCGCACUUCCAUAUGCCCGAAGUUUGGAUAAACCCACUGUUAUUUAGUUGGCCGGGUUUAAACGGCAGCAGUGUCAUUCUGGACGAGAUCGACUGGCCCCAGUUUGGGUUCGCCACCGGUUUCAAAAACAUAACGAGGAAUAUUUUGAUUCAAGGUUUGACUGACUCUCUUUAUUUGCGACUGCGGAAUCGCAACAGAUGCAAUCACCGGGAUUACCAAAAUUUGUCCCAAAACGGUGCUUCCAGUUACGAAGGACUUAAUCAUGUGAAUUCAAUUGCAAGAAAUCGGACGACUGAUAAUCCAGCUUUGGUUAUCUACGCCAUGCAAGGGAAUGAUGUUUGCAAUAAUUUUAAUGACACGAUAAAUCAUAUGACGCCUCCGGAAACGUUUAGACGAAAUGUUAUGAAAAGUUUGUUUUUACUCGACGAGAAAUUACCGCCUCAAAGUCACGUAGUUCUUGUUGAAUUGGUUGAAGCGGAUUUUAUUUUCCCGGCAAUGGCUGAGAGAUUGCACCCAAUUGGACGAUUGCACAAAAACGUAUUUUAUAAAAACUUGUACGAGUGGUUCAAUUGUAUGCAAAUUGGACCGUGCACUGGAUGGUUAAACGCAAACCAAACACUUCGAGACAUCACUAGUAAAAGAGCCAGAAAAUUAUCAACUAUUGUGAAAUACAUAGCGACAAACGAAACCUUCAAAAAUUUCCAAGUCCAUUAUAUUCAAAACCCAAUCAAUUAUUUAGUACGCAAUGACAAAAUCAACAUCACAGAAUUUCUCGAACCUGUGGAUAGCUUACACCCAAAUCAAAAAGCCCAAGUCUUGUUGACUGAAACAGUGUGGAACUUCCUAGAGAAGCUCCCAGUUUUGGGACCUGUCAACCCACAUAAUGACGAAAUAAUAAAGAUUUUUGGGGAACAAGGGGGGCAUUAAAAUAUUUUUAAUAAAAAACGUUUUUAUUAAAAGUUGUAGGUCCAAGUGUCA